AUGGCGUGUGCCCUCACUCCGGCUCCCAACGACCUUCUGGGUCUCAUUCAACUGCGACGACAACGGGCCACACAGGUCGUGCUUGAAGCAAAACGGCAAAAGGGGGCGACUUGGGAGCAGAUUGCAACCGCUGUGGGACGUUCACCAGUUUGGGUGACAUCGUGUUGUCUUGGGGAGAACGCGAUGGACGUCGAGAGUGCCGAGAAACUGGUUGCUUUCCUCGGUUUGGAAGGAGCAGAGGCCAAAACGACGGUCGAGGUUUUGGUGGCUUCCGUACCAAUGAAGGGCCAGCUCGAUUGGAGCCUUGCUGUUCAGGAUCCGACGAUCUACCGACUUCACGAAGUUAACCAAAUUUAUGGCCUCACUUUGAAAGAGUUGAUUCAAGAGAAGUUUGGAGACGGGAUCAUGAGUGCGAUCGAUUUUACAAUGGAGUUGGAGAAGGAGCAGGAUCCCAAGGGCGACAGGGUCAAGAUCAUCAUGAGCGGAAAGUUUCUUCCAUAUAAAAAGUGGUGA